AUGGCUUCUCUCAAAUCCUAUGGAAAACUCGACGAAUCUGAUCAACAGAGACUCAAAUCUCGUCAAAAGACCCGAAAGAGAAUCGUCAUAAUGGCUUUAUCUUCAAUCAUUCUUAUUGGUGUUAUAGUGGCCGCCGUAGUUGGAACUUCUCAGGCCAAAGAGGGCAGUUCCAGAAGCGAACCUUCCCUCAUCUCCGCUUCAAUUAAAGCGGCGUGUGACACGACCUUAUACCCUGGUUCGUGUUACACUAGCCUCGCCCCUCUGGUUAAUUCUAGCCAGGUUCAGCCCGAAGAGAUCUACAAAUUAUCGGUCCAAGUAGCAAGAAAUGAACUAUUGAGAGUCGCCCAGUACUUCUCAGAAAACGAAGGAUACAAAGAAAUCACCGAUAAAAUGGCCAUUGCAGCUCUCGAAAGUUGUCGAGAACUUUUGGGACUUGCUCUGGAUCAUCUUAAUAUUUCCUUGGCUACUGACAAUGCCUCAUUGCUUGAUGCUGUGGAUGAUCUCGAAACUUGGCUAAGCGCCGCAGGCACUUUCCAACAAACAUGCAUAGAUGGCUUCGAUAACACAACAAAUGCACUAAAAAUCAGUGUUUUCCAGAACCUCAAAAACUCCACUGAGUUCACUAGCAACAGCCUCGCCCUCUUAAACACUUUUUUGAAUAUUGCAUCUUCUUUGAAGGAACGACGAUUGCUGAGUUUACCUCUUCGGGAGAAGGGGUACCUCGUGGAGGACGUAGUGACCAGGCCCAAACAACUGUUUAUCAAAACGUUAGCAGUUUUGAACCGUAAGCAUACUGGGGGAAGCGAAAUGCCAAAUUGGUUAUCUCCGAUAGAUCGGAAGCUGCUUCAGAGUACAAAUUCGACAAUCAAGGCCGAUGUUGUGGAACGACGAUUGCUGAGUUUACCUCUGCGGGAGAAGGGGUACCUCCACGAGGACGUAGUGACCAGGCCCAAACGACUGUUUAUCAAAACGUUAGCAGUUUUGAACCGUAAGCAUACUGGGGGAAGCGAAAUGCCAAAUUGGUUAUCUCUGAGAGAUCGGAAGCUGCUUCAGAGUACAAAUUCGACAAUCAAGGCCGAUGUUGUGGUGGCUAAGGAUGGUUCCGGGAAGUAUACGACGAUUGGUGACGCCAUGAAGGCGGCUCCCGAUACGAGCACAAAGAGAUUUGUGAUCUACGUGAAGAAGGGGGUAUAUAAUGAGAAUGUUAGGGUUGAGAAAACCAAGUGGAAUGUCAUGGUGAUUGGGGAUGGAAUGAAUGCAACUGUUGUUUCUGGCAGCCUAAACUUUGUGGAUGGAACUCCAACAUUUUCAACUGCAACAUUUGCUGUGUUUGGUCAAGGAUUUAUCGCUCGUGACAUGGGAUUUCUUAACAUUGCUGGUGCAAUCAAGCAGCAGGCUGUUGCCUUGAUGUCAACUUCCGACCUGUCGGUGUUCUACCGGUGUCGCGUGGACGCUUUCCAAGACACUCUCUACACUCUUUCUAACCGGCAGUUCUAUAGUGAAUGCAACAUCUAUGGAACAGUUGAUUUUAUUUUCGGAAACUCGGCCGUUGUCUUCCAAAACUGUAACAUUCUCCCUAAAGUCCCCAUUCCUGGCCAACAAAACACCAUUACAGCUCAAGGCAAGAUCGAUCCUAAUCAAAACACUGGUAUCUCUAUUCAGAACUGCACAAUUGGGCCUUCAGAAAACCUAUCCUCUGUCCAAACCUUCCUUGGCCGGCCGUGGAAGAACCACUCCACCACCGUGUACAUCAACACGAUGAUGGGUAGCUUGAUUGAUCCAAAAGGGUGGUUACCGUGGGUCGGGACGACAGCACCCGACACCAUAUUUUAUGCUGAAUUCCAGAAUUUCGGGUUGGGUUCUUCGACGAAAAAUAGGGUUAAAUGGAAGGGAUUGAGAAACAUUACUAGUAAACAAGCUAGUACGUUUACUGUCAAAUCUUUCAUCAAUGGGAACAAAUGGAUCCCAAUGACAGGGAUAAGUUACAAACCGGGUCUGUGA